GCCAGGCCAGUGCAUGGAGUCCUUAAGGCAGAGUCCCAGCCUGCUGAUAAGGUCCUGCUUCCCUCCUCAGGCCACUUAAGGGACUUUGACCUCUCUUCUUUGGGAUUCCCCUCUCAUCUGCCUCAAAGUGUGUUUGCCCCCUCUGGUGGCCCCUGAAAGAGGCAGCAGAGGGGGGGCAGCUUUUGAUGAAGAAGGUACUAGAGCCUGGGGACCUGGAGGAGAUGAGAAGAUAGGGGUGCAGAUGAACAGCAGGUUUGAUCCAAUCCCCCUCCCCUAUUCUUGGCUGAAUCAGGAAAAAUUUCAAGAGGACUUGCAUCUGCUUCUUGGGAGCUAACUAUGCAACCUUCUCUCCAGAUGGGGCCCCAUACUCAGCUUUAUCCUAUGGGUAUGAACACCUGCUCUGCUCUUCCAUGGUAUCUACCUCUCUUUUUCCUCUUCCUUGUUCUCCCUUGGAUCCAGGGAGCCUUGAAAGACUCUUCUCAGCUCUCCUGCUUCUAUAACUCAAGAGCCAACAUCUCCUGCACCUGGAAGCCAGAAUCUACUUUGAAGGUUGAGCAAUGCCGUCUCUAUGCCAAGCCCAAGCAAAGGACACAGAAUCGAAGCUGCGAGCUUCUCCAUGUGGAACCGACACUCUUGGCUUGUGAUUUGAUCUUGGGAGAAAUCAAUAGUCAACCUCUGACUGUUGCUGAUAUUCUGAUCAUGACGGUGAGCUGUCUAAAUGGGGGCAAAAGGAUAGUGAAGGAAGAGGAAUUCAGACCUUUUGAUAAAAUUCGACUAAUGGCCCUCAGUAACCUCUCCCUAAACCAACAAAAAGAAGAUGCCUACAAUGUGUCCUGGGAAGUCCCUGUAUAUUCCUACUACCUGGAGGGACACCUGGUAUUCGAGGUCAGAUAUCAGAUUCAGGGAAGCUCCUGGGAGAAAGCCACCACGCUGCCCAUAACUCAAGACCAGAGGUGGGUCUACCUUGAAAAACUCUCUCCUAACACAAAAUAUGAACUCCAGGUCCGAGGCAAAUCCCAAAAAAAUGGGUCUUCAGGAAUCUGGAGUCCCUGGAGCCCGACCCUCAUCUUCCAGACAAAACCACAAGAGUUCAUCUUCAAGUGGCUGUUCCAUUUAAUCAUGAGUCUAUGUGGGGUUGUCAGCAUCUUCCUCAUGCUCCUGCUGGUACCCAGAUGGUACCCCCAGAAAUGGUUGAAGAAGAUUUUAAAAUGUCACAUUCCAGACCCUUCUAAAUUCUUUUCCACAUUGAGCACAGAGCAUGGAGGAGAUUUCCAGAAAUGGCUUUCUUCUCCUUUUCCCACCGCCUCCUUUGCCACCAGUAUUUUGGCUCCAGAAAUCUCUCCACUGGAGGUGAUGCAGAAGGAAGACCCAAACCUGAACUUGUUGCUCUCCAAGGAGCUGGUUCCAGCUUAUAGAUCCCCAGAGACCAGUGGUCACUCCCUCUCCAGUUGCUUCACCAACCAGGGUUAUUUUUUCUUCCACCUUCCUGAUGCUCUGGAGGUUGAAUCCUGCCAGGUAUAUUUUACCUAUUCGCCUUUCGGUGAGGAAGAGGAGGAGAACAAAGAGGAAGGGGAACAGGGCUCCCUGGUGCCCCAGCUGCCUCCUGGAGGGCCCGAGGAUGAUUCAUACUGCACAUUUCCCCCUGGAGAUGACAUGAUCCUCUUCUCCCCCAGGCUUUUCCAGAACCCUGGGAAUAACCUGGGACCCCAAAGCAUCUCUUUCUUAGGAAAGGAGACCAAAAAGGAGACUUCUCCUCCUGAAGAGGACACACCAUCCUGUGACCCCAGUUUCUCAAGGCCCCAGAAUUCUUUGGAUUCAAGACCUGAAUCAAGCCAGGAUGUGGACCUUCCUUUAAGCCCUGGGUUGGAGCCGGCCUCUCCAUUUCCCUGGAAUGCUUCCCCUACACUGGACCAGACUAAUUCUGUCUCUUCUUCCUACCCAGCCCUAAACACUGGUGCCUACCUCUCUCUGGGAGAACUUCAAAAUCAAUACCAUACUCAUUCAGCCUAAGCAGAGAAGCUUCUUCAAGAGAGGAUGAGGAGGGGAAUCCAGGAAGAUCCCCAAGAUUCAGGAUACCUUCAGGACAGUAGGACAAGAAGAGCUAUUUGUAAGCAAAAGGCUGGAUUUGGCUUCAGAAGGUUGGGCCUCAUACCCCAACUUUGCUCUUUGACCAUCACUUUUCUUAUUUGUAAAAUAGAAAUCAUACAAACAAUAGCAAUAAUAGAAUUGGUUAAAAUACAUACACUUAGAAAUUAUAUUACUCUAAGAGAUACAAUGAAUUACUUUCAAUAUUAACUGAUAUACACCAAAUGUAAGCUAAUUAUUUGAAGAAAAAAGCUAAAGAAAUUGAAGAGAGAAAAAAAGUCAAAUUAUAAUAAUGGGGGAUCUCAAUGUAACCUUUUCUGUUAUGUAAUCCCUCUUUUAAAAAAUUCAAAAAAGAAGAUAAAGCCUUUGAGUAGAAUUUCUAAGUUAGAUAUAGCAGCUCUCUGGUGAUUAUUAAAUGGGAAUAGAAAGGAGUAUACAUAAACUAAUGUGCUUAUGGGAUAAUUACAAAAAUAGAAUAUGAAUCAGGUCAGAAAAAUCACCAAAAAUACAAAAAAUAGAAAUAAUAAAUAUAGUCUUUACUGAUUAAAACACUAUAAAAAUUAUUCCAUAAAAGGCCAUUAAAGAAAUGAUUAAAAUUUACUGGGAACUAAAUAAUUUAAUCCUAGCAAAUUAGUAUAUCAAAUAACAAAUUACUGAAACAAUAAAAUAAGGACAUUGUGGAGACACAUAUCAAAAUUUGAAAUAGUUAAGGGAAAGCAUCCAUCUUCAAACAUUUUCAUCAACAAAAGAAAAAUAGAAGAGAUCAAAUUGGGCACACAAUUAAAAAUUCAAAAAAAUCAACAAAAAUUUAAAACUCAAUAAUCACCAAAAUAAAAAUUCUGAAAAUCAAAGAAGAUAUUAACAAAAGUGAAAGCAAAAACAGGAUUAAAUUUAUAAGAAACAAACAGAGUAGAGAAACGAUUAGAUAAUUUGAUUUUUAUGAAGAGAAAAAUCAAGUGACCAAUAUCAAAAAUGAUUUUGUUCAUACAAAUUAAAUUGUAAAUUCAAAAAGCAAUUCACAACAAAUGAAGAUGAAGUAAAGGAAGUUAUUAGAGACUAAUUUAUACAUAUAUAUGAUAUAUAUGAAACUGACAACUUAAAUGAAAUAGAUAUUAACAAAAAUGUAAAAUUUCAUCAAACAAGAAAUAGAAAAUUUAAAUAGCCCAGCCUCUAAAAAAGAAUUAGAAAAAGCCAUAAGUGAACUCACUAAGGAAAAUAAACAAGAAUCAAUUAAUUAUAAGUUAAUUCUAUCAAACAUCUAAGGAACAAUUACUUCCAAUAUUUUAGUAAUUGUUUAUUAAAAAAAAAAAAAGAAAGAAAGAAUCCUAUCAAAUUCCUUCUGUGAGGUACAUAGGGUUUUGAUAUCCCAACUAGUGAGAGUCAGAAAUAGACACAAUCUGAGGGUUACUAUAACUAAUUAUAUCCCUAAUAAAGAUUGGCACAAUUUUAAAAAAUUAAAUCUUAGUAAAGAAGUUCAAGAGACAUGUGAAAAAAAAUUAUGCACUAUGAUCAGGUCAUAUUCAUAUUGAUGAUACAAGAUCAAUUUAAUGUUAGGAAAAUUAUAAGCAUAAUAAAAAUAGCAAUAAAGAGCAAGAAACACAUAAUUAUAUCAAUGUGUAUAAAAAAGGUGUUGAAAACUAACAUGUCCCAUUUCUGAAAAAAUAAAUAGCAAUAAGCAAAUAACUUAAAAUAAAUAAUGAGCAAAAGCCAAAAAAAAAAAAUGAGCAAUAAGUGGAGUUUUCUUUAAAAUGGCAAUAUGCAUUUAAAACCAAGAAUCAGCAUUAUUAUGUAAUAACAUUACAUAGAGUCUAUUUCAGUAAGAUCAGAGAUAUACAGUAUCUAUCACUACUUCUAUUUUGAGACAAUAUAGAAAUGCAACCUAGCAAUAAGAAAACAUAUAUAAGUUGAAGGAAAAAGUAUAGGCAAAAAAGAAACACAAUUAUCUUUUUGCAGGUGACAUAGUGGUUCAUUUAGAAAACCCCAAAGACUCCAUUAAAAAUUAAUUGAAAUGAUAACUUCAAUAAAGUUGGAGAAUAUAAAAUAAAUCUAUACAAAUCAUCAAUGUGUAUGUAUAGUAGUAAGAUCUAGGAGAAAGAGGCAGAAAGGUCAGUUUAAAGUAAUUAAGAAAUAUAAGUGAUACCUGGGAGUUUAUUAAGUAGCAUACUUACAUACAUAUAGGAACUAUAUUUAUAUAACUACAAACUAUUUUGGGGAAAUAAGGUUAAAUAAUUGAAGGAAUAUUAGUUGUUCAUAUUGAUAGAAUAAAGACAAUACUACCUAAAUUAAUUGACUUAUUCUGGGCCAUAACACUCAAACUACUAAAGGAUUGCUUUAUUGACCUAGAAAAAUUAUAACAGAAUUAAUCAGAAAGAUCAAAAGAUCAAGAAUACCAAGAAAAAUGAUGAAAAAAAAAGUGAAAAAAGAGGGUCUGACAGAACUAGAUUUCAAAUCAACUUUCACAAUAUAGUUAAAAUAUAGAGAAGUAAAUUGGUCAAUGAGCAUUAGUAGCUAGCAUUCUAUUGUACUUUAAGAUUUGCAAGAUGCUUUAAAAAUAUUAUCUCAUUUGAAAGCCACAACAAUCCAGGAAGUAGGUACUAUUAUUAUCCCCAUUUUACAGAUGAAAAAAACAGAAGCUAAGUGAUUUAUCGAGGCAGCUAAAAAGCUCCUGAGUCUGGGCUUGAAAUGAAUGAGGUCUUUUCCUAUUCCCUCUCAAUAUUCUAUCCAAUGUGCCACCUAAAUACAAAUUAAAAAUACACUGAGAUUUCACCUCACACCCAUCAGUUUUGCAAAGUUGACCCAAAAAAACUGUUGUAGUUAAUCCAUGAAGAACCAAUACAUUUAUGGAUUAUUGCUAGAGCUAUGAAUUAGUACCAGCAUUUGAAAGUGUGGUCUGGAAUUAUGACCCCAAACUGUCACGAAGAUGAACCUACGUUUUGACUCUUGAGAAUCAAAUCAAGUUUUGAUGAAAUCAAAGAGAAAUUUUUAUUUCUUUUUUGUUUGAAAAACAUUUGUGGUUGCUCUUUUCUUGGUAAUAGCAAUGAUAACAACAAAACAACCUCCCCCCCCCAAAAAAAAAAAAAACCCUGGAAACUAACAAUGUGCUUUCCUGCUGGGGAUGAGCUAAACAAAUUAAGGCAUGCAAAUUUAAUUGGAUAUUAUUGCACUAUAAGAAAUGACAAAAUGAAUAGUUUCUGAGAAGAUUGGGAAGCUCUGUAUGAACUGAUACAAAAUGAAGUCAGCAGAACGAGGUUGGUUUAUAGUACAAUGUGACAUUAUAAUUGUAAACCCCUCUGAACAACUUAAGAACCCUGAUCAAUGAACGCUUGGACCAUGGUUCCAGAAGAUCAAUAAUAAAAAAAUACUGCUUGUUUCCUGAAAAAGAGGGACACAAAACGAACCAUCUUUUUUUGGACUUGAACAAUAUGGGAAUUUAUUUUCCUUGACUGUGUAUACUUGUUAGAAGGACACACACACACCCCAAGGUGAGAUGUGGGAGUAACAGAGAAGAAAUUUUUAUUCAUUGAACAGAACUUAACGAUGAAAUUGUUUUUUAAAAGAGUAAGUUGGAUUAGGUGGCUGUCAGGAUCCUUUCACUUCUAAGGACCAUGAUUGAAAUGACAAUAAUUCAGAAAAAUCCUGACCCCAUCUGUCCUAGUCUGUUUUCUACUAUCACUGAGACUAUUUCUGGGCAGGGCAACUUGAGGUCUAAGUGGUGUAAGUAUUUUCGGGCUUGAACUCUCAGAGCGACCCAGAGUCUUCUGUUUCCUCUGUCCUCUGGCUAGAUGUUUGAGACAACCCCAAGGGGCUCCUGCCAGCUGGGGCUGGGAGAAUGAGGGCCUAGACCUCAAUAGGUAGAAAGUAGGGAGAAAGCCUGGGCUUGAAGUCCUGGAAGAUAGAACUGGAUUCUGUGUCCAGGUAGGGAGGGUGAAAGAUUCCAGAUGGAGAGAGACUGAACAGAUGGAAAGAGUGAGGAAAAUGAAAUGGGAGAUUGGGAAAUCAAGGGGACAAGAUACACAAGGUUCCCUUGGGGACUGAGCCAGAUGGGAAACAGAAUUGGGUUGGGUUGCAGGGCAAUCUAUCUAGGGACAGAACUGGUAACUGAGCCCCUCACUGAAGGGGCUACACAAAGAUUUGCCAGGUGGAAGGGGAGAGAGUAAUCUGACCAUUAAACCCCCAAACUCUAAACCUGAAGAUGAAAGAGGGGCGACAGGACAGGUAGUACUCUCUCAAUUCCUUCCAGUUGGCUAAGUACAACAUACUUCACUGUAGCUCGAAGAUCAUCCUUUCCUCAGUCAAAUUUCCUCUUCCUACUUGUCAUGUUCCCCACUUUCAGAUAAUGUCAGGGCAAGAAUUCUGGGCUGUAGACUAGGUUUUGACAGUGUAGUGUAGUGGAUAGAGCAUUAUAAGACUUGGAAUUAAGAAUUCCUAUGUUUGAAUUCUGCCUCAGACACUUAUUUGAGUCUUAAGAACUUCAUUUGUCAAAGAUAGCCUUAGGUCCCUUCACUUAUGAUCUGCCAAAGACGCUAUAUUCCUUUGUGAAAAACACUUGACUUUCCUGGACCUUGGUUUCUCCUCUUGUAAAAUGAAGGAUUGGCCUGGGAUAGGUUCUUGCUUAAGAACUCUGCAACUUCAGGUUGUCUCUUAUCCAAUGAAAGGGCUUUAUGUGGUUUAUAUGAGGAUUUCAGGAACAGUUUUCAAGAAGAUGUCAUUGAAUUUAGAUUUAGUAGCAAAAAUCACGGGCUGUAGUGGGCAAAAAAAAAAUGGUGGAUUUGCAAUCAGCGAUAUGGGUUUCUUUUUUACAUUGGGACCACUUAUUAUGUGAUGACCUCAAGUGAACCUUCCUCUCUCUGGGAUGCAAUUUUAACUCUUGUAAAAAUGACUGAUUUUUAGCCCUUUUUGUAGUGGCAAGGAACUGGAAACUGAGUGAAUGCCCAUCAGUUGGAAUGGCUGAAUAAAUUAUGGUAUAUAAAUGUUAUGGAAUGGUAUUGCUGUAUAAGAAAUGAUCAGGAGGAUGAUUUUAGAGAGUCCUGGGGAGAUUUACAUGAACUGAUGCUGAGUGAAAUGAGCAGAACAAAGAGAACAUUGUGCAGAGCAACAAGAAGAUUAUGUGAUGAUCAGUUGUGAUGGACGUGGCUCUUCUCAACAAUGCCAUGAUUCAGGCCAAUUCCAGAUCUGUGAUGGAAAAUGCCAUCUGCAUACAGACAGAGAACUGUGGAAACUGAAUGUGGAACAAAGGAUAGUAUUUUCAUCUUUUGUUUAGUGAUCAAGGCAUUGUAUUUUCACGUUUUUUUUUUUGUUUGUUUUCUUUCUCUCUUUUUUUUCCCUUUAGGUCUGAUUUUUCUUGUACAACAUGACAAAUAUGCAAAUAUGUUUAAAAGAAUUGCACAUUUUUAAUCUGUAUCAGAGGCGGGGAGGUAAGGUAAGAAGGGAGAAAAAUUUGGAGUACAAAGUCUUACAAAAAUGCAUGUUGAAAACUGUCUUUACAUGUAUUUGGAAAAAUAAAAUAAUGUUAAAAACUUUUAAAA